AUGGCACAUGACGAAUUGGAUGAACAUCACUCUGCCAACUCUAGGGCAGGUCCAGCAAUGGCAUUACAACAAUCUAUUAUACCUCCUCCACCAAUGCCAGAACCAACAAAGAAGAAGGCAACGACAAUGUUUGCAAAGAAGUUGUCAGAGUUGGCCAGAAAGAAAUCACAUGCAUCAAAGGAGAUUGUUCUGGUCAGCAGCAAGAAUAGUGUCCAAAGCGAUAUUAGUAUAGAUGAUUCAAUGAGGAUGGGCGAGUCGCCAGAGGAGGUCAAGAGGGAGUCCUCUUCGAGCCACACUGCCACCGAGGAAGAUGGAUUCGCAAGCGAUUUGUUCGAGUCCUCCUCCCAGAUGAGUGAUGCUCAAUCUCAAGAAUCAAUGUCCUCCUCAUACGCUCCAACAAUCUCCACAACAUCAACUGCUGACAAUGCCAUUGGUCAAUCAUCCAUAUCAUCCUCAUUAUUGGCUAAUACAUUCGACAUUGGCACAAUGAACAACAACAAUGAGAUUGUUUCAUUGGAUAAACAACCUCAACAUUUCUCGACAAGACCAAUUAACAAUUCAUCAUCUGAACUGCCUUUCUUCCAACCUUAUGAUCCAAUGCUUGAGAAGAAGUCAAUAUUCAAUCGAUCAGUAACGGAGAACUUUGACCGCGUGGCAUUGGACGAUGAUGCUCAGAGAUUUGCCAGGGCAACAUCGACAACAACAACAUCUUCCUCAAUCUCAAAUCCAUCACAUCAUACAUCGCUGACAGUGGCAUCGUCUCAGGCCGAGGCCCAGAUUGGUGAGGUGCCAAUGGUCGAGGUGGAUAUCAUACCCGAGGUUGGUGCCAAUGGUGCCGAAGAGGAACUAGUAGAGGAAAGACCGCCCCGUAGAGUAGACAACUUCCCUGUGUUUCUCUGCUUAAUGAAGUUAAGGGAGAUAAUAUCAUUAUUAUCUUCUAAUCCCGUGUUCUUGAAACAACAACAACAACAACAACUUCAGCAACAACAACAAUCAACAUCAGAUACAUGUUUCAAACCAAAGAACUUGAUUGCUAUUAGUAAUCAAUACCUUGAGAUAUACUAUCUCUCACCAUUAACCAGACAUCUCUAUGUGAUAAGGAUUGAAUCCGAUGUCGAUAAGAUACAGACAGUACAUGUACAAGAACUAUCACUCAAGAUAGACUUUGAUGUAUAUCAGAUAAAGUUGAAUGAUAAUGACAGGUAUUUGUGUUUGGUUGGCAACAUCAAUUGGAUGGUAGUAGACUUGAAUCCAUCGUUGAGAAGCUCAUUCUUUGUGACACAGGAUGAGAGUACUGUUCGUCAUUAUCCUGAUAUCAAGACCAAGGAGUAUCCACCUAUAAAGUGCGACCUGCUACAACUGCAACCCGACGUACUCUCUGUCUCCCACCUCUCCAACUUCAUCCAACAAGCUGAUUGGCAUCCAUUAAGCAGUGCUCAUCUAGUGAUCCUACACUCCACUGGUGAGAUAAAGAUAUACAACAUACAGAACAUUAACUCGAAUGAUGAGAGCGAGUAUGAGCAGUCGUUGCUGUUGACAUCGAUGACUCAGAUUAACUCAAAGGGCGAGACAAAACCGAUUGGUUCUUGCACAUUCAGAUCAUUCUGCUUUGGACCAGCUGUUAACCUUUGGACCAGAUUCAGUAUCUUUGUUAUAAGUGCGACAGGCGACGUGUACUGUCUGUGUCCAGUCAUCCCAAAUGGAUGUCUGAUCGACUCGUCUCUUUACAGUGAUCUACAGGCCAGUGUUGUUAGACAGCGCGAACAGUCAAUCAAACAGAAGAACACAUCAUUGACCAACUACUGCGAUGCCCAACUCAAGUGGCUGGCGGGCAGCAUGAAUGUCAACUCGCUCAACUUUGACAACUCGACCAAGUGGAUGCGAUAUAAGCAAACGAACAAUCUGGCACAGAUGCAGGUCGCCUUGCAAGGACCACUGGUCUACGAGCGUCUAAAGGAUGUGCAAUCAUACUCAAUUCAUUCAAACCAUCCACGUGUGGCACAUCUGGUCUCCAACAACUGUGAUGAUCAACUAAUGAUCACACCAUUCACUCUGUUAAUCCUACAUACCAAUGGUCAAGUAGUUGUCACACUAUCCUGUCAAGACACCAUCCCUCUGUGGGCCAACAACAAGUCCCGUCCAUCAAAGUUCGACCAAGACACAUGCAGGUACAUGGACUUGAUCACUUAUGAGAUCUUGGACACAAGCAUUCCACAACGAUAUCAACAACCACCGAAACAAACCAAACACUAUACUUCAUUCACAUACCCGUCAAUGAUCAAUGACCCUUUGACCGACUCUGUCUACCUCUAUCAUAACAAUGGAGUACAAUGCGUUCAAUUCCCUUGGUUGACGCCAUUAUUCAAAUCAAUCAACAACAUCAAGUCCGAACAACAACAACAACAUAGUUCAUCAUCAAUAAUCGUCAAUGUCAUUGAGACCAACCCAGUGUCAUCUACAUCGGGUUCUGCGACGGAGCCAGCGCCUGUCAUAUGCCUUGGUGUACUGAGCAACAUCAGAGUUGGCUCAUAUCUCAUUGCCCUGUCCAACAGGAAGCAGUCUGGUCCAAUAAUCUUUGACCUGGAUGGUUUGUCACAUAGUCCAAUACUUCCAAAUGAUCAAGAUGUCGAUUCAUCAGCUGAUGCCAACCAGCUUCUUACAUCACCUCUGAAAGAGCAAUUGAGGAAGUUCCCCAGUCCCAUACCCAAGUUACAAGUGCCAGCCAACCUAUCACUCGUUGACACUUUGGCAUUCAUCGCUCAGAUCAAGGACUAUCAAUACAAGUAUCUCGUGGCACUGCACACAUUGGAGUCUACUGUCGAGUCAAGAUUGAAAUCACUCACAACAAUUACAAAGGAACAACAGAGCACAUUGAUGGAGUUGAGAACUAAUAUUGUGGACAUUCGUAGUAAACAGAAUCAAUUGAGGGAAAAGGUGACGACAGCAUGGAAAGUACAGGAAGAGUACAAUGAUCGCAUUAUCGACUUGGCAAUGUCAUGCAACAAGGACAUGCCACUAUCUAUCCAAGAGAAGGAGCUCAGGACUGAGCUACAAACUAUCGCCAACAAAAUUCAUAUUUACAAAGAGAAGCUUAGCUAUUUUGAGCAACAUGUCAAGGGCAAGCCACAGGUCCAUUACUCAAAAGAACCAAUCCCAUCUGAAGAUCAAGGAAAGAUCCAGAUUCUACUCAAGGAGCACUCAAAGAAGAUUGAAGAUUCAAGGGAAUUGUUUGAUAAAUUGUCCAGCAAUGUCCAAGAGCUUAAGCUCGAAUGGUAA